AUGAUUCCAGCACCUCAAAACGAUAAAUCUUUAUUACAAGAACACAAGUUCUAUCAAUCUACUGAAAAGCAACUUCCAUUGUCAUUUAAUGGAGCAAAUGUAUUCAUAAUAUUUCUCAUAAUCUUUUUGGCUGGAUCCACAUACAAGCUAAUAACUAUCAGCAGAAGAAGAAGAAGAACUUUCAAUCAAGAGUUUGAAAAGACAAACCCAGUAUAA